AUGAUUCCACAAGUACCAUCAAGUACAACGCCGCUCACCACCAAGGAGAGGCACUAUGCUCAACUCGCCGCCAAGCUAGGCACCCUGGCCAGCUCGUUCGAAACUACCAAGCAGCAUCUCAACCUCGCAGCCGAACAAGCCUUCUACAUGCGCAAGCUCGGUAUCGCGCAAGCAUCCACGUUCAUGGCGGUGCUUCACGAGGUGGACCGAGAGCAAGACGCCGACCCGACGGAAGCAUAG